AUGCGCGCACAGUGCUCAAGUUGCGAGGAAUUCAACCUCCACGAUCACACACAUACAUUCCUCAAAAUCCGGACACCAAUUCCGUUAAUCAACGAUGUCUACCAAUUCAUCCCCGCUCCACCCCCACGACUCCUAGAGCUUCGGGCCCUGGGCAAUGGGCCAAGUACAGCCACUCCCACCACUGUUCAGCAGCAACUAGACCCCCGAUUCGUCCUGCAUGACCGGGGCAUCGCAGCGAUACAAUCCCCACAAACCGGAACCACAUACAUCAACGCUCCUUCACCAGCUUUCGUCGACUCCGUUAACCAAUUCGCUUUCAAACUGCUCCACAGCAUCGCAACAUCAGGAUAUCCCUGCGGUAUUGCGUCUGCCAACAUCUACCGUUGCCUCAUGAUGGCAGCAGCAGGCUCCCAGGGACUAAAUCUCGAUGCCUUUUCUAGAGUGCUUGGUUUUAACACCUCAGAAGUAUCGGUGUACGGUGCCAUAAAGGAUAUCGUGCAACUGGAUGAGUACUGCAAGCCCAAUCCUCGUUCCACACCCGUUGCUGCUGCUGCUGCUGCUGGUAGUGAUAUUGAGCUAGAUAUCAGCAGCUCGAUAUGGUAUGGGAAAUCGUUUUUGAUUGAGCCGAUAUGGGCUGGAGCAAUGAGCACAGUGUUCAAAGCGACGCUUGCGCCGCAGGAUGCGCGGGCAAUGAAUCUGUGGGUUCACGAAAAGACCAGGGGGAAAAUUGCCGGCCUAGUGGCAGAGGAGGAGGUAUCUGACGUAGAUAUUAAACUGGUGACGAGUUUGUACUUCAAAGCCAAAUGGGCGGUGCCGUUUGAGAGAUCCAACACACGUGUGGAUAGAUUUCGGAGUUUCGGGAGUGAUCAUACUGAUAGCUGGGCGGGCGGGAUGCCGUGCCAUAUGAUGCAUCGAACUAGUGAGAUCUUGUAUUGGGAAGAUAACAUCGCGCAGAUGUGUGUGUUGCCGUAUAAGAACGGUAACACGAAACCGCAUCAUUCCCCUUUUCUUCCACUUUCAGCUGGGGCAGCUGGGGCAGCUGAUGCAUCCCCAACUUGGAACGCAGCCAUAAUCCUUCCCAAAACCCCCGGCGUAGGAUCCGUUCUCGCCAUCCUCUCUCACUUCUCAGCUUCUCCCUCUGUCCUCCGCCCCUUACUUGUUACCAGCCAUUCCGAUACCACUAGCGGUCAGUCCUGGAGCCUAAAACCCACAUUCCUCCACCUCUCCCUGCCCCGAUUUACUUUAAAACAAAGCACAGACAUCUCCGAACCCCUCUUCAAUCUUGGGUUGCGGCCCAUCUGCCGCCCAUCCCCAGACUUCGCGCCCAUCUCACGUUCACAACCCGCCUAUGUGACAAAUAUCAAACAUGAUUUGUUCGUAGAGGUGAAUGAAGAAGGGACGGAGGUUGCUGUUGUGACAAGUUCGGGGGUUUUUGGUAGUGCUGCAAGUGCUAUGAGGGUUCCUGUAGCGAUGAGAGUUGAUAGGCCAUUUUUGUUUUUUGUUUUUGAUGCAGGAACCGGGGUUGUGCUGUGUUCGUCAGUUGUUAGUGAGGUGGGGAAGGGAGAGCAGGAGAAAGGAUAG